AUGGAGAAGGUGGUCCGUCAGCAGUUGCAUGGUCGAGUCCAGUUCCAAUUUGCGUCACAACACUUCUUCGACAAUGUUCCCAUGGCAUCAGGAAUGUCUCGGAACAAACGUGACUUUGGUAUCUUUAUGAACCAUGAUUAUGACGACAUGUUCUACGUUCGUAAGUUCUUGGAGCCUGCAAAGUUCAAGAAGCUGGCGCUGGGAAACUGGGAGAUGCCGGAGAACGCUACAAAGUCGGUCACCAUGCGUGAGCUUGUUGAUGCAGGAGCGCAGUACGGGCACAAGUCCAACAAGUGGAAUCCAGCAAUGCUGAAGUAUCUCUAUGCUGACAAUGAUGGCACUCACAUCUUCGAUUUGGUGCAGACCGCAGCCAACCUGAACCGAGCCUGUUAUUAUGUCCAGGAGGCAGCCGCCAAGGGUGCUUCCUUCAUACUUGUUGGCACCAAGGAGCAGGCACGACCAAUCGUGCGGAAGUAUGGCGAGGAAGCUGGCAUCCACUACACUGACUUGAAGCCUGCCAUCCCUGAUUCUCAAGAGCUGUGGUUUGUGGGUGGCUUGAUCAGCAACUUCCCUGUGAUUCGCAAAGCAGUUGAGCUUAUGCAGAAGCUUCGGGAAGAGAAGGCGCAGGGAGCUUGGAACAUCUUCAGCGAGUUCCAACGCUUCCGACUGACGUGCAAGCUGGAACGCCUUACGAAGAAGUACCAUGGUGUGGAGGAGAUGACUGGCUACCCGGACAUCUGCAUCUUUGUCGAUGAGGCGAAGGAGCGGCAUCCCAUUGCUGAAAUGGUCCGCAUAGGUGUGCCUUGCAUUGGCAUGGUCGAUUCAAACAACGAGCCAAAGUUUGUGGAUAUCGCUAUCCCUAGCAACACUUCCAGCACAAAAUCCAUUGACCUGGUCAUUCAAAAGCUGUGCGAGUCCAUCAAGAAGGGCAAGGCGUAG